AACCUCUUUCUUUCUCUAAAAAAAACUUUUCCCUCUUUCCUUUUUCAUGAACAACUUGAUAGAGCUCACAAAUAAACUUCAAACUGUAGUUUCUUCAGUUGGAGCAGACAGUACACUUGACUUACCUCUUAUCACUGUCGUGGGUUCCCAAUCCUCUGGUAAGUCCUCUGUUCUCGAGACACUAGUCCAACGUGACUUUCUGCCUCGCGGCAGCGGUAUUGUCACUCGUCGUCCUUUGAUACUUCAAUUGGUGACACUUCAGCAACCCGACGCUCUCGAGUAUGGCGAGUUUCUGCAUAUCAAGGACAAGAAGUUUUUUGAAUUUACAGAGAUUCGCGAAGAAAUCGAACGUGAAACAAGUCGUUUGGCAGGUGGCAAUAAGGGCAUCUCUCGUAUGCCUAUUCAUCUUCGUAUAUAUUCACCCAAGGUACUCAACUUGACUCUCGUCGAUUUGCCUGGUCUGACAAAGAUUCCUAUAGGAGAUCAGCCCAAUGAUAUUGAGAAACAAAUUCGCAGCUUGGUAAUGGAUUUCAUUUCAAAUCCAAACAGUAUCAUUUUGGCUGUCACACCUGCUAAUUCAGAUUUGGUCAAUUCAGACAGCUUAAAGAUUGCAAGACAAGUUGAUCCUGAAGGAAAGAGAACCAUUGGUGUAUUGACAAAAUUAGAUUUGAUGGAUGCUGGUACCAAUGCUUUGGAUAUCUUGUCAGGUCGAUCCUAUCCUUUGAAGCUUGGGUUCAUUGGUGUGGUCAACAGAAGUCAACAAGAUAUUCUGACAAACAAGCCAAUGUCAACUGCUAUUGAAGCCGAAAACCAAUUCUUUCAACAACACCCUGCUUACCGAAGUGUUGCUGUCAAAUGUGGUACACAAUAUUUGAGCAAACAACUCAAUACAAUUUUACUUGCACAUAUCAAAGAAAAGUUACCUGAACUGAAGACUAAAUUAAGCCAAUUGAUCAGUCAAAAACAGCAAGAACUAAGUCAAUAUGGUGAACCUACAGUCUCUGCUGAACCAUUGCAUCGAGGUCCACUUAUUUUAAGAAUGUUGACCAAAUUCUCGAAUGAUUUUGUGGCAGCUAUCGAUGGUACAUCCUCUGAAAUGUCUACAAAAGAACUCUGUGGAGGUGCUCGUAUUUAUUAUAUAUUUAAUAAUGUGUUUGGACAAGCAUUAGAUGCGAUACCCGCUUGUGCUAAUCUCACAAAUCAUGAUAUCCGCACUGCCAUUCGUAAUUCAACAGGUCCUCGUCCUUCUUUGUUUGUUCCUGAAUUGGCAUUUGACUUACUUGUCAGACCACAAAUCAAAUUAUUAGAGGCACCUAGUUUAAGAUGUGUGGAAUUAGUGUAUGAAGAGUUAAUGAAAGUUUGUCAUAGCUCAGAUACAAAGGAACUAUUGCGAUACCCAAGACUUCAUCAACGAUUGAUUGAAGUUGUUUCAGAACUAUUAAGAGAAAGACUUAGUCCUACUUCGUCUUAUGUUGAAAGCUUAAUAGCUAUCGAAAGAGCUUAUAUCAACACAAACCAUCCAGACUUUUUAGGUGCUGCUGGUGCCAUGGCUAACUUGGAGUCUGAAUCAAAGAAGAAAAAGAAAAUAGACACAAAGCGCAGGAACCGAGUUUCACCACCCAAUUCACUUGACAUCACAAGAACCAGUAUAAAUGGUGUUAGUGAUACUGCAUCCGUUGUUGAGAGUGAAGAAUCAGUACCCAAAGAGUCUUUCUUGACUUACUUCUUUGGAGGUGCUGGCAAGAAUGAAAGACCUGCCUUGGGAUCACAAGAGAUGAUGACGAAAACCCAAUAUGCACCGCCUAUGUCUGUUAAUAGUAUGAUGGAAAGCGAAAUGGUCAAAAAAUUAGAACAAGCUUCAUUGAAUAAUGAAGGCCCUACUUUGGCUACAGAUAGAGAAGAAUUGGAAACUCAACUGAUCCGUACUCUGAUCACAAGUUAUUUUAAUAUUGUUAGAAAGAAUAUCCAAGAUUUGGUGCCCAAGUCUGUGAUGCACUUGUUGGUGAAUUAUUCUCGAGAAUCAGUUCAAAAUCGUCUAGUGGCAGCUCUUUACAAGGAAGAAUACUUUGAUGAGCUAUUACAAGAAGACGAUGUUAUUGCUACUGAAAGAGAAAAGUGUAAGACUAUGUUGAAUGUCUACAAGCAGGCAUUUGAAAUCAUUAAAAAUUCCAUGUAAUUUUAUAAAAAUACAUAUUUUUUGGUAUGAUUGUAUGACAAA